GGCUUGAGAGCGGUGGUUACCAGUGUGAAUGUGCUGCAUUGUGUUUGCUGGAGGAGAGACCUCAGCAUGCAAACCCUCCUCUGUUCGGCUGGCCCCUUCGUUUUCUUUCCAUUCGGCUGGUGUGCAGAUGGAUGCGCAGACGCCCCAUUCUCACCCGCUGUUCAGUGAUGGUCACCCGCAGAGCGCCGCUGACCAAUCAGCCGCUGCGCUGCAGGCCCCGCAGGUAACUGCUGAUAUGGUGAUGGUUCAGAGGCGGAUGCCUCAGUGUUUCCGGGAUCCAGCGACUGCGCCCUUAAGAAAAGUCUCCAUCGAACUGAUCAAAACAUACAAACACAUCAAUGAGGUUUACUAUGCAAAAAAGAAGCGUCGUCACCAACAGGGUCAGGGCGAGGACUCCAGCAUCAAGAAGGAGAGGAAGAUUUACAACGACGGUUACGAUGACGACAACUUUGACUACAUCGUUAAAAAUGGCGAGAAAUGGAUGGGCCGAUACGAGAUCGAUUCUUUAAUAGGCAAAGGCUCGUUCGGUCAGGUGGUGAAGGCGUAUGACCGCGUGGAGCAGGAGUGGGUCGCCAUCAAGAUCAUCAAGAAUAAAAAGGCCUUUCUGAAUCAGGCUCAGAUUGAAGUCCGACUGCUGGAGCUCAUGAACAAACACGACACCGAGAUGAAGUACUACAUCGUUCAUCUGAAACGCCACUUCAUGUUCCGGAACCACUUGUGUCUGGUCUUCGAGAUGUUGUCCUAUAACCUGUACGACCUGCUGAGGAACACCAAUUUCCGCGGCGUGUCUCUGAACCUGACGCGCAAGUUUGCUCAGCAGCUGUGCACCGCGUUGCUCUUCCUGGCCACGCCUGAGCUGAGCAUCAUCCACUGUGACCUCAAACCCGAGAACAUCUUGCUCUGCAACCCCAAGAGAUCCGCCAUCAAGAUCGUGGACUUCGGGAGCUCCUGUCAGCUGGGACAGCGGAUAUACCAGUACAUCCAGAGCCGGUUCUACCGCUCGCCCGAGGUGCUGCUGGGAAUGCCGUACGAUCUGGCCAUCGACAUGUGGUCUCUGGGCUGCAUCCUGGUGGAGAUGCACACCGGAGAGCCUCUGUUCAGCGGCGCUAACGAGGUCGACCAGAUGAAUAAAAUCGUGGAGGUGUUGGGUGUCCCUCCCAAUCAUAUUCUGGAGCAGGCGUCUAAAGCCAGGAAGUUCUUUGAGAAGAUGUCUGACAGCACGUGGUGUGUGAAGAAGACCAAAGAUGGCAAAAGGUAUAAACCCGCAGGCUCCCGGAAGCUGCACAGUAUUUUGGGCGUGGAGGCGGGUGGCCCCGGCGGGCGGAGAGCCGGUGAGUCGGGUCACGCCGUCGCAGACUACCUGAAGUUCAAAGACCUGAUACGGCGGAUGCUGGACUACGACCCCAAGACCCGCAUCCAGCCGUAUUACGCUCUGCAGCACAGCUUCUUCAAGAAGACCGCUGAUGAAGGCACCAACACCAGCAGCAGCGUGUCCACGAGUCCGGCACUGGAGCAGUCGCAGUCGUCCGGAACCACGUCCAGCACCUCCUCCAGCUCAGGAGGAUCGUCUGGAACGAGCACCAGCGGCCGCGCCGCCAAAACCUCCUCUGGGAUGUUGAUCUGUGUCUGUGCUCUUCCUCAGGCGAGACAGGGCUUCGCUCCGGCGCUGGGUUGGGUGGGAGGAGACGGACUCCAGCAGGCGGCCGGAGAGACGCACCCCGUCCAGGAGACCACCUUCCACGUGCCGCCACACCAGCCCAAGGCUCUGCACCCCCAUCAUCACCACCACCACCACCACCCGCCGCAGCAGCACGCCCCGGGCCCCGCCAGGCCCCGGCCCCGCCUCUACUCGCCCUCUCACAGCGCCUCCACACAGGACUCCAUGGAGGUGACCCACGGCCACCUGUCCAUGACCUCGCUGUCUUCCUCCGCCUCAUCCUCGUCCACGUCCUCGUCCUCCACCGGGAACCAUCACUACUCCUACCAGAGCCGCCUGGGCUUCGGCCGCAACGGCAGCAUGACUUUGGGACUGGGUGCCUUCUCCAACCCGCGGCAGGAGACGGGUGUGCCGGGCCACCCCUCGAACUCUGGGCCGGGCCACUACAUAGCUGAGACUCACAUGGGCCUGCGGCCGGGCUUGGAGCGCGAGGAGUCGCCCAUGGCGGGCGUGUGCGUGCAGCAGAGCUCGGUGGCCAGCUCCUGACCGGAUUAACUGGCUUGACACCAGGCUGUCCUCCUCUGACCUUUGCUUCUGUUCUCCGGUUCUCAGAUGGUUCACGCGAUUCAAGCGGAGCUUUUCCAGAGUGCAGCGCUUCUUUAAUAUGGCCUUAUCGUUACGGACUGAGCGAAGACGAGCCGGACGUUUCCGAAGCUUUCAUGUAUUUUUGACGUGCGAACACCCUUCAUUCAUGACACGCCAGAACAGAACGGUGGUCCGAGGCCUUUCUUCACUAGAGAUCCGCAGGACUGACGGUAUCAGCGACGGCCGUGUCCCUUCCCGCUCUUCUGUUGUGCUCGGCAUGUGUGUUUUACUUUGGCCCUUUCGCUUCUUUGAUUUGGCUUCGCGAUUAUGCUGUGAAUUUUACACCACUUUUGUUUCUCCCUUUUAUAAUUUAUUGUACCAAAGGCAUUUUUUAUAGAACAUAGAUGUCUGUAACCAAUAAUGUAGCAGUUCUGCACUUUGAAGCAAAGGUGUGUGUCGUGUCAGUAAACGACUGUCAGAACUGGAAGUGAUGAUGUUUGAUGUGGCGGAGAGCCCAAUCCUGGACGCCAUCGCUUGCGAAAUUCUGUCGCUCUGUUUUUCUUUCUCUUCAUUUGCUCUUAGCAGACGGCUGCGUGAGUGGUUUUGUGUUGAUUUGGCGGGACGGUGGAUGCGGACUCGAGCUGCUCGGCUGGUCCCAGAGCAGCUGGACAGUCGGAGAUCCCAUCGGCCGGACGCCACUCUCUCUCGCUACUAAAGCAAUCCGCGUCUCUCCGUCCGUCUGCGUGCGCGGUGGUGACGGGUGCGAGCGGGCGCACGGUUCUUUAGGGUUCCUGUGGUCACGGCAUACAGAGGGAGUCCAUGAAACAGGCUUCAGGUCUUUACUUUGUGACCCCAUUUUAAUAGCUGAAAUAGAAUUUAUGUACAUAUUUAUAUUUUUUUAAUAAAGGAAGUUUAGAACUCACUACUUUUUUCCUAAUGGUAUUUUGAGUACAUUUACGUCAACUUGGUAACAUGCAGUGGAAUUUUUCUGUGGUAGUCAAUGGGUAUCAGUGCUUCCAGGCCAAAGUAGUUGACGACGAUGACGACGCUAGUACAAAUGCAAAACUCUAGGGUUGAAGCGGGACGGAGAGUAGAUCUUCAUACUUUAAUCUUCUAGACAGGGUAUCGUGUGUGGAUGUGUGUCCCACUCAGAACGGCAUCGGGCGGCGCUUCACAUGUUCGUAUACUCCAGCGCUGACGUAGUAUACAUAGUACAGAAAGUAAUUUUCCGUUUAGUUGUGUUCUUAUGGCACACGCUUCAAUAAAUGGGUCCAUUUGAAAGCAGAAGUCAGCUGUGGCAGACGGGGUGUGCGUGAGUGUGUGUGUGUGUGUGUGUGUGUGUGUGUGUGUGAGUGUGUAUGUGUGGAGUGACAAACAUCAGCAGCGCUCACUAACUCCUAGCGUUUCAGGUCACACGUUAUGAUUUGAAAUCUCUCUCCCUGGUCCGACUUUCCCCUCGGCUUCCCGUCCGGUUCGCAUUCUCACUCCUCGUUUGGUUCCAGGACAUGUGAUGAUGAUGAUGAUGUAAACAGAACGACAGACGGAUAUCUCGGAUCUUUAUCCACAGGUUGUAAGAUCAUGACUUUCUGUGUAAAUUAAAGUGUCACUGAGGGGCAGUAAUGGACAAACCCUUUGUACUAUAUUCAAGCGGUCUUAUGUAUGAUUAUAAAAAACAAAGUUGCUUAACUUGUA